AACCACGAAAUAUAUUUUUACGGAAGAGGGAAAAAUUUUGCGCUAAGAAUGGAAAUAAGAAGACAGUUCAUUUUUAUGUGGCGCUGCAAUCGCAACAAUUUUAGAUGAAUUAGCGUGAAUUUUAUUGAGCUGUAUAGGUUAUGUCUGAUCUUACCGGUUUUAUUCAAUAACGCGAUAAUGAGUAGAGAACAAAAACCGAUCUUAUAUUAAUUUCGAUUUAUUGAAUAUCUACUGUAUGAAAAUAUUUCCCAUAUAAUGGCUACAAAAGAUAAAGAAUGUUUACCGGCAUUCCCUACAGAAAGAGAAAUGAAUAGUAAAAGAUCUUCGUAUAUAAGCUGGGAUGAAUACUUUAUGGCGAUGGCAUUUCUCACUGCGAAACGAAGUAAAGACCCUUGUACUCAGGUUGGAGCCUGUAUCGUUAAUCGAGAUAAUAGAAUCGUUGGAUUAGGAUACAACGGAAUGCCCAGAGGGUGUAGCGAUGACAAAUUUCCUUGGAAGAAAGACACGGAAGAAGUUCUGGAAUCAAAAUAUCUUUAUGUAUGUCAUGCCGAAGUUAAUGCAAUACUCAAUAAGAAUUCACACGAUGUGACAGACUGCUCAAUGUACGUAGCACUCUUUCCUUGCAACGAGUGUGCAAAGGUAAUCAUUCAGUCUGGAAUCAAGAGAGUCAUUUACAUGUCAGACAAGUAUUCUGAGAAGAUAGGAACUAUAGCAUCAAAGAGAAUGUUCGAUGCGGCCGGAGUAGAAUAUAGACAAUAUAUACCGUCUAACAAGCAGAUUGUAAUAAACUUCACUGAGAUCGAUUGGAAAGAAAUGACACAGCUGCCACCAACGCCAUUGAAAGACUAAUUCAGACCUGUGUAUCGUGUAGAAAUACCCCAAAUGAACAAACUUUAUCAUUUACUCUAUUUGACACGUUGCAAGUUAAUGCAGAUAUGAACGAUACAAGGUAAACUUUUUAAAGCAUUGGAUAAUGAAAUAGCCUCUGCCAGUAGUUCUGAAUCAUAGGAUGAGUACAUGUUUCUUACAAGUUUAAUAAUACGUGCAAGGGCAGAUGACACAUUUAUUUUUGAAGUUAUCUAACAAUACCUUUUAAUUUUAAUCCAAUGACAAAUGAUCCAUCGCACCAUUAAAUUCUGGUCUACCGGUGCAAGGAUUGCUAACUGCUGGACAUUCGAUUGAUACUUUUUAUUGGACGCGUUUGUACAAGUGGAACAAUUAAUUAAUUAGUCAAUAUUGCAAUUACGUUUCCACCACACACUGAAGACUCCAGGGUUGUACAGCCGCCGAUAAGCGGCAGCUCAGAACGAUUUACAAUUAAACAUUAAGCCGAGUCCCCGGCAUCCGUUAA